AUGCAGAAGUGAGUGGUGAGAAGCAGCAGAGCUGAUGGGUCAUGAGGAUGUAAGUGUGUUUGAAGGUUCUCACACCCUCUACUCCAGGACAGAAUCAUGAAUAAACUGGAGGAUAAGAAGGACCAGAUGAUACCAUGAAGAGAAGUUUACAGGCCCUCUAUUGCCAACUGUUAAGCUUCCUCCUGAUCUUGGCACUGACUGAAGCACCGGUAUUUGCUGCCCAGGAACCAUCUCCCAGGGAAUCUCUUCAGGUCCUACCCUCAGGCACCAUGGUGACAGCACCGUUUGGCUCUCCUAGACACUCAUCCAUGGCGGCUGCCCCCACCUCCAUGGUGACGCCGAGCCCCCGUCCUGAUGGGUCCCUCGCACAGGCCGAAGCCCCCGUGGCAACAGCACCUCCCUAUCCAGACGGACACCCUCCCACCAACACCUUCACCACCGCUAUGGCGGCGGCAGCCACUCGCCAUGCUGAAGGCCCCCUGACCACAGGGCCCCUUCCUGCUGCCAUGGCAACCACCUCCUCCCACUCCGAGGGCCACCCCACAGGGGAGGCUGGGCCCACUGUCCUGCCGACCCAGCCGACUGGAGCCGCCAGCCGCCCCAGCACAGCACCCGCCCGGACCAGCACGCGCAGGCCCCCCAGGCCCCCAGGCUCUCCCCGCAAGGGGGCCGGUAGUUCGUCACGCUCUGUCCUGCCUGCGCUCGGUGGCCACUCCGGAAGAAAGGAAGGCCAGCGAGGGAGAAAUCAGAGCUCCACACAUCUGGGGCAGAAGCAGACCCUGGGGAAAAUCUUCCACCUCUACAAAGGCAACUUUACAGGGUCUGUGGAGCCUGAGCCCCCCAGCCUCACCCCCAGGAGCCCGCUCUGGGAUUUCUCCCCCUCGCCACAGGCCCAGACAGUGGCCACAACCACGGCGCCCAGCAGGACCUCGUGGGCACCAAGCACCACCCCCUUGGUGCGCACAGAAGACAAGCCAGGCCUUAGCAGAGCAGACCAGGGGGGUGGUCCUACCUUCACCAGCCAAGGGGGGGAGCCCGGCGCCGCGGCAGCCUCAGGUGCCCCUGCCGGUCCACGACCCGCCCCAGUGCCUUCUCAGCGCCCCCAUGCCGACCCACACGGCAGUGCCCGCCACAGUGACUCCGGGCUCGCUGUCACCCCUGAAACCAACAGACCUCUGUCUGCCAGCUCUGGGGCCUUCACGGCCACCGCGGGGCCCGCCCAGGCUGCCUUCGACGCCAGUGUCUCAACCCCUUCCAGGGGGAUUCCUCAGGGAACGUCCUCAACAACAUCCUCAGCCCCACAGGCCCCGGCCCACCCCGCCGGGGUCUCAGAAAGCACUGUUUCCCGAGCUGAGGAGGAGGCUGUGGCCACCCCCAACGUGACCCACAGGGUACCCAGUCCUCUCUCCACGGUGGUGUCCACGGCCACGGGGAACUUCCUCAACCGCCUGGUCCCUGCAGGGACCUGGAAGCCUGGGACGGCAGGGAACAUCUCACAUGUGGCCGAAGGGAACAAACCCCAGCACAGAGCCACCAUCUGCCUGAGCAAGAUGGACAUUGCCUGGGUGGUCCUGGCCAUCAGCGUGCCCAUCUCCUCCUGCUCUGUCUUGCUGACAGUGUGCUGCCUGAGGAGGAAGAAGAAGACAGCCAACCCGGAGAACAACCUGAGCUACUGGAACAACGCCAUCACCAUGGACUACUUCAACAAGCACGCUGUGGAGUUACCGAGGGAGAUCCAGUCCCUUGAAACCUCUGAGGACCAGCUCUCAGAGCCCCGCUCCCCAGCCAACGGCGACUACAGGGACACUGGGAUGGUCCUUGUCAACCCCUUCUGCCAAGAAACCCUGUUUGUGGGGAACGAUCAGGUAUCCGAGAUCUAA